GUGUUUUUGAUUUUACUUUUGAUCCUGUACCUUCUGUGAUUUGAGUUUCCUGCUUGUAGACUGCUCCAAAUGCUGGCGAUUGCUGCAGCGUCGAGCGUCGCCGUCUGGUACUCGAACGCAGCGAGCGAUCAUCCUGCGCCUGCUGGCUCUGACACUGCCGCCGCAGCCCUCCCGCCGCCGACCAUGACCCACUCGAUCAAUACAAAGACACCCGUUGCGGCUGUGCGCUGGUCGCCCUCCAGUCAAGUCCUCGCAGUCGCCACCGAGUCUGGAGACAUCCACCUAUCGUUGGCAUCCAGUGCCGAUCUUGGCACGCUGAGCACGGCGCAGAAACUGAGUACCAUGGACUUCUCGCCGAAUUCAAAACUUAUUGCGGAAGCAGGUGCUUCGCGGGUCGUCACACUGUGGGAUGUCAAAACGCAGCGUGUCAGCAAACAACUGCAGGGCCACAACUCGUCAAUUCUGGCCGUACGGUUUGCCCCUGUCGAUGGCCUUAUUGCGAGCGCCUCGGCCAGCGGCGACAUUCUCGUUCACUCGGCCGUCACCUCUCAGCUGACAUCCAGCUUUACCAGACCCAUGGCUGUGCGUUCCCUCGACUUCUCGCUCUCGAGGCGCGGGCUAUUGGCAUGUGCGGGCGAUGAUGGAGCUGUGACUUUGUUCGAUGUUAUCCAGAAUGCGACGAGCGCGAGCUUCGCCUCGCACAUUGCCCCGGCCAUUGGUGUUGCGUUCUCGCCAACCGCCGCGCACAUCCUAGCAUCCGUUGGUUUGGAUAAGCGAUUGUCCUUGUUUAAUGUGAACGAGAAGCGUGCAACGCUUCAAUUACACGCGGAAGAGCCUCUUACUGGCAUCACAUUUCACCCAGACAAACCGCUGGUCGCCAUUGGAACACAAUCCGGCGCUGUUCAUCUUGUCGACUUGAGACGCGCGUCCGACGACCGAGGCAACUUGCUUCCGUUGGUUUCUGUGCACGCACCGGCCUCAGUCACCUCUGUUGCCUUCGCGCGCGCGGCGAGCCAAGAUGCGUCGUCGUCAUCUUCAACCGUUCGUUCGCAGCAGCCUGCAUCCAACUCCAAGCCCGCACCCACACAGACAUCGUCCUCUCUCCUCAAGUCUACGCUCGACCCAAGGGGUUCUCGGGAGGUCGCCAGCACUGUUUUCUCUCCAUUGCGAGGACCUCAAGGUGACACUCGAAUGGCCGCUCACUCGCCUGUUGCGCCACAGACGUCUAGCGCUGCCCCUCAGUCCAUCAUCUUUUCUCCGUUGGCUCCGCCAGCAGCGGCCGCGGCCAGCAGCUCGGCCGCGUCGCGGGUGACAUCAGCCGUCCCAAGCACCGCGCGAUCUUCUUCGGUGCGCCCAGAAAGUCAUGGCACUGUCGAUCCCGUCGUUCGCAGUGCCUCUCAUCCAUCAGCGGUCUUCUCCCCGCUGGCGUCCGCCGCUCCCGACUCGCGACAUUUUCCGACGACUCGCGACCUGCAUCACCUCCAGCGCUCAGUUCCGCCGUCUGCCUCGAGCACCGUUAAUACCAGCCAUCUUGCGCACACGGGCCGCGUUCAGCACACCCCCGCUGACAUGCGCAAUAACGUGACUUUCACCACGCCAGAUCCGGUCGGCGCCGCUGGCCUUGCACGAGGAGCGACGCUAGCUCCGGCCGCAGUUACAAAGGCAGCACAGCAACCGACGCGCGAGGCCACGACAGCUGCUGGAAUCCCGGCUGGCGGCGCUGUUGCGCAACCACAACAGCGGUCGAUCAGCAACCCUGAAAGGCUACCAUCCGUGCCACUCACGCUGCCUGCAGUAGCAGCGCUGCCAGCUGCGCAGUCACAGCAACCCAUCGAAACUCUGUUGACGAUGGAGAUUCAAGCACAGCUCAUUCGCUCGACGGUCGAAGAAGCAAUGGAUGGGCUUCGUCUCACGAUGCAUCGAGAAAUCCAGAACAUGCAUUUGGAGCUGCUUCGUCAGUUCCAGAUUCAGCGAAACGAACUUGAAACGCUGAUUCAAACAAACUCGGUCAAUGAGUCACUGCUUCGCGAGAUUGAUCGGCUCAAACGCGAGAACGAGCGAUUGCGCCAAGCUCAACUGUGACGCUCUGAAGCUCUCGGCGACAGCUUUUUCCCCAUUCCAUGUGGCAUCACAUCACGGGCAUGCCAUGUCUCUUGUUUGUUAAAAUACUGCAAUUCUUCAG